GCGCUGCAGCGAGGAGACACGUAUAAUCCCAGCAUUACGGCAAGGGGGCGGGCUGGUGUCGCGGGAGCUGGGCGCGAGUUCUCGUGAGAUCUCGGUGCAGGACGAGGAGGGAGAUCCAAGCAGGAGCGAGGGAGCCGGCUGCGGCGGCAGCGAGCUCACCAUGGAGAACCUGGAGGAUAACACAACUGUGUUCUCCACCCUGAGAUCUUUCAACAACUUCAUUUCACAGCGUGUGGAGGGGGCAUCUGGUCCAGCCACACCAGGAUCAUUUCAAAGUACCUUGCAUAUGCAGUACCAGCAGAGGGUGCAGCUGGAGGAAGAAGCUGGGCAAAUCCGUUCCAAAUCUCAGCUCCUGCAAGUGGAACGGGAGAAGAUACAGAUGGAGCUGAGCCACAAAAGAGCUCGCAUUGAGUUGGAGAAGGCAGCUAAUACUAACGCUAGGAGCUAUGAGCGAGAGGCUGACCGUAACCAGGAGCUCCUCACACGCAUAAAGCAUUAUCAGGAAAAGGAAGUGGAGGCUGAGGCUAAACUGAAGGAACAAAUGGAGAUGAAUAAAUCCUAUAAGAAGAGCAUGGAGACUGUGAGCAAGAAGCUGCAGGAGAAGGAGAGCAAACUGGCUGAAGCUAAUGAAAUGAUCAGCGUAUUGAAAGGGAAAAUAUCUGAGUUGCAGUGGAGUUUAAUGAAUCAGGAGAUGCAAAUGACAAGCCAGGAAUCUCAGAAGCGGGAGCUGAUGGAACAGCUGGAUGUGCAACACCAAAAAUGUCAGGAGGCCAACCAACAAAUCCAGUUGCUGCAAGCAAGUCAGUCUCUGCUGGCAGAACAUGAGCAGAAAAUUAAGGAUCUGGAACAGAAGCUCUCCCUGCAGGAACAAGAUGCUGCAAUUGUGAAGAACAUGAAAACAGAGCUGGCCCGAUUCCCAAAGAUGGAGCGGGAACUGUUCCAGCUCAGGGAGGAUAAUGCCUACUUCAGGGAAAUGAAGGAAAACAAUGGAUUACUCAGAGAGGAGGUGGAAGGUCUCCAGAGGAAACUGGAGCGCUAUGAGAAGGUUCAGGCAGAUCUAGUGAACCUCGAAUUGGAAAAUGAGAAACUUCUGGGAAAGUUGAAAAGCUGGGAAAAACUAGAUGAGAGCACUGGCUUAAAUAUCAGGACCCCUGAUGAUCUCUCAAGGCAGAUUGUUGCCCUGCAACAGAGGGAGCUUGUGCUGAAAGAGCAGAACUCUACCAUCACAAACAGUGCCCGGAUAUUAGAGAAGGCUCGGCAGCAACUACAGGAAGAGGUGUUACGGAUUCAGAGCCAGCUACUGGAUGAGAAGAAAAAACGUGAGCAGCACGAAGGUCUCGUCAGGCGCUUGCAGAAACGAGUGCUACUGCUUACCAAGGAGCGUGAUGGAAUGAGAGCAAUUCUGGAGUCAUACGACAGUGAGCUGACCCCAUCGGAGCACUCUCCUCAGCUGAGCCGGCGCAUGCAUGAGGCAGAAGAAAUGGUGCAGAAGGUGCAUGCGCACAGCGCUGAGAUAGAGGCUCAGCUGUCCCAAGCUUUGGAAGAAAUGGGAACCCAGAAGCAAAGAGCAGAUAUGUUGGAGGUGGAGCUAAAGAGCCUGAAGUCUCAGGCAUGCACAGCAGCGCAGAGCACCUUCAUAACUACUGAGGAAGUGAAUGCACUCAGGUUAAAAAUUGAAGAGUUGGAGGUUGACCGAGGGCGGCUGGAAGAAGAGAACAAGUCUCUGGAAAUGAAAUUGGAGAAGCUCACUCUCCAGGGUGACUAUGACCGCAGUAAAACCAAAGUGCUUCACUUCAGCAUGAAUCCAGCAAGCCUGGCCAAGCAGCAGCGAAAGGAGGAACAGCACCAGCUCCAGGAAGAGUGUGAGAGGCUGAGAGAGCUGGUCAGGGUUCUGGAAGGAGGAGGCUCCAUCCCUGGGAAUCUGGAGAUGGUUGGAAGUUUGCAGUCACCCCAAGAAAUUGCAGAACUGAAGAAGCAAGUGGAGAGUGCAGAACUGAAAAACCAACGGCUGAAAGAGGUUUUCCAGACCAAGAUCCAGGAGUUUCGCAAGGUGUGCUACACACUGACAGGAUACCAGAUUGACAUUACUACUGAGAACCAGUACCGGCUCACCUCCAUUUAUGCUGAGCACCAAGGGGACUGCUUGCUCUUUAAGUCUGAUCACCUCAAGAGAUACAGAAUCCAAAGGAGAAACCAACAGAAAUAUAGCCUGUUCAGUAUAGCUCUCAGGAACACAGUGUGGGGAAACCACAAGCCCCCAUCGCCUUUCGAUCUGGCCUCCAGCUCUUCUGGUGGGAAGAUGCAACUUCUGGAAACUGAAUUCUCUCUCACAAUCCGUGAGCUCAUUGACCUGCACCUGCUGCACCAGGACAGCAUACCAGCAUUCCUCAGCUCUGUAACCCUUGAACUCUUCAGCCGUCAGACCUGUGCUUAGCCCUCACAGAAUCCUAGCCUUGCGCCUUCUGGGGCAUGGAUCGAGAAUGGAUGUGUGACUGUCAUUGUUUCACCACGACCAGCCUAGUGCAGUGGAAAGGGGAUCCAUGAGCUAGCCAUGCCAAGUUCUUUUUGUUUUUUCUGCUGCAUUUGGUUGCUUCCAAUUUCUUUUGAAGUCCCCUCUCUCCUUUUCUCCCCAAACGCUUCAGGGCUGUUUGAAGAGGCAACCAAGGAGUCUGAAUGAAGCAGGCAUUUCCUGCUUCCUCCUGAGCUGGAGUCACAUUCCUUUGGCCCAAAGUCCAGUUACUCCUUGACAAUGUUGGUCCAACCCAAAGGCCUCUUUUUUUUAAUGUUGAUUUUACUAACCAAUCUCUCCGACAGCUCGCAGCCCACCACACACAUGCAGAUUUCCACAGUAAUAUUUCCAGGGGAGAGCAUGUAUAACUUCAGAGUGCCAGAGUUUUUGCCAACUCCCACCCGCUAUUUAUAAACAUUGAGACCUUACUAAAUUGCCAGCCUCUUAUGUAGUCAGUCUCAACAGGAGUCGCUGUCAGGAAGAGCAUGAGAAUGCUGGCUUUGGGAAGCUCACAGCUUCUCGCAGGAGGAUCCUGUUGAAUUGGGUCUCGACCUCUCCCACUUGAAAGCUCUUUAAAGCAGAGACCACAGGCUCUAGGGGAGAUGACAGCUCAAGCUGCCACCAACUAAUGAGGACUAAGAGUUGGCUUCUGGGAGUGCAGGAUGUUUGUGGAUGGCUGGAGUCAUGGAUAGUGGGGCCCUUUGGAUACAGCUCGCUGAUCAAUAAGAGUUGACAAUCUUUCAAGACAUAAAACUUUGCGAGAUCUAGUCCUUCAUAGCUCCAGAUCCUGGUUUGCCAGAACUCAGCACCUGUGUAUACCCUUCUCUCUUUCUCCUUCUUGUGCUGUAUGCCCAGUGCUUAGACGUCAUUUGAGUGCUUUUCCUUCCUUGCGCAAGACUCUCAGGGGUUGCUUGGCUUAUCUCAGGAACACAGGGAAAGGAGCAGGGAGUGGAGGGCCUCUUCGUGGUGUACUCACUGUAUUGCUGUUUUGUAGCCUAGUGUCCAUAGCCAAAGUUGUCACCUUCUUGUAUUACUGGGUGUAACCUCCACUGCCACCACCUCUCUCUCCUGACUCUGCUGAGGGAUCCUUCUGACAGCUCUGAAAUGUUGUACUAUGAUGGAGGGGUUUGGUUAGUUUGUUUUUCAGAAUAAAGUGUCACUUCUCCA